AGCCAGUGUUGAUUGUUGUAUGUUGCAGUGUCAGUUUUUGUUCGUGCGCCUGUGUGGCUCCCUGUUUUUGAGCCUUGUGUUUUUUUGUUGAGCUUUUGGAAUUGCCAGUGCUCUGUUGUGGAGAAACCAUGUGGUGGUGGCUGCUUGGUUUCCUAAGCUGCGCAAUGCUGGCAGCGGUCAUCAUGUUCUUUCUGAUCACUGGGCAACGCUACAAGGUGUUCAGCGAAAAGUCCCUGAGGCCACCCGGGCCCUUGGUCACAGACAGCAGAGAGAGGGAUGAAAGGCUGAAGAGAGGGUUUCGUGUAGACAGAGUUCCCCCUGAGUUGGACGCAGUAGUUAUUGGAAGUGGUGUGGGAGGUUUGUCUGCAGCAGCCCUUUUGUCCAAAGCUGGGAAAAGGGUUGUAGUUCUGGAGCAACACGAUCAAGCGGGGGGCUGCACUCACACCUUCCAGAAUAAGGGAUUCGAGUUUGAUGUGGGUAUUCAUUACCUAGGCCAGCUUCAUGAAAACAGCAUGUUAAAGGUUGCCCUGGAUCAGAUCACAGAUGGACAACUACAGUUCACACGCCUGGAACAGCACUUUGACACACUGAUUCUGGGUCAGCAUGACAAACGCAGGGAGUAUCACAUCCAUGCAGGGAAGACUGAGAUGGCAGCUAGCCUGAAGAAGCAGUUUCCAGGAGAAGAGGACUCCAUUGAUGAAUUUGCCAGAUUGAUGAAGGUAGCCUCAAAACGGACACCCCUCAUUGCCAUCCUGAAAAUGAUUCCCUAUUGGCUGGUUAACUUUCUGGUCCGUACAGGCCUACUACAUCGCAUAUCAUGUGUGUUCCGCCUAGCAGCGACCAACCAUUCAGAAGUAAUGUCCCGCCUCACACAGAACAAGGACUUGAAGGCGCUGUCCGCCUACCUCUUCUAUGGUGUUCCGCCUAAAGAGUCCAGCUUUCUCAUCAAUGCCCUCCUUCUCCAUCACUACAAGCGUGGAGCGUACUACCCACGUGGGGGUGCCAGUGAAUUUGCCUUUCACAUGAUCCCAGUUAUUCAGCAGGCAGGGGGGACUGUGCUUGUCAGGGCCCCUGUACAGCGCGUCCUGCUCAACCAGCAGGGGAAGGUCUAUGGUGUGACAGUGUUAAAAGGACAAGAGGAGAUUGAAGUCCGUGCCCCGAUUGUCAUUUCCAAUGCGGGAAUCUUCAACACCUUCCAGAAAUUUCUGCCCAAGCACAUACAACACAAACCAGAGAUCCAAUCACUUUUGGGUAUGGUGCGUCAUGGUAUGGGCUCUUUCCUGGUCUUUGUUGGACUUGAUGGAACAAAAGAGGAGCUUGGGAUUGUUUCCACCAACUUCUGGAUGUACAAAGACAAUGAUUUGGAUGUACUAAUGGAGAAAUACUCUUCAUUGAGCAAAGAGGAGGUACUGGGCAACAUUCCCAUGAUGUUCAUCACCUUUCCAUCUGCCAAAGAUCCUACAUCCAGCAUCAGACAACCAGGUAAGUCCUGUAUGACUUUGCUGACCAUGGCACGCUAUGAGUGGUUCGAAGAAUGGGAGGGGACAAAGCUCGGCAAAAGGGGAGAGGACUACAAAAGUCUGAAAGACAGCAUGGCCCAGGAGAUGCUGGACUGGGCACUAACAAUUUUCCCUCAACUGCAAGACAAGGUGGUGAUGGUUGAUGCAGCUACUCCUCUAACUAAUGUCCAUUAUUUGGGUGCUCCAAGAGGAGAGAUGUAUGGUGCUGAACACAACUUGGAGCGUUUCACCCCAGAAACAAUUGCUAGGACACGUCCACAGACACCCAUCGAUGGACUGUACCUAACAGGUCAGGACGUAUUCUGUAAUGGUAUGGCUGGGGCUCUGCACGGGGGGCUACUGUGUGCUUCUGCUGUCCUCAAUCAGACCCUCUACAUUGACCUCCUGGCCCUGAAGAUGCGUCUCAAAAACAAACAGUCAAAUUCGAAGAAGAUCUGGUAGCAACAGGGCUGUGGGAGAGCACCCUGUGAACAUGGCUUUUUUUACACAUUAUGUAAACUUAUGAGUUGUACCUGUAUUGUCGUCAUUGAAUACAAUAAAAAGUUGCUUCAUUCACUGUUAAAA